AUGAAGCGUUCCAACAUUCACGUAACAGAAAUCCAGGAAUUUCUAUUUUCAAUAUUUGAUUUGUUACAUAGCUUUGAAAUUCAAAUUUCCGACUUUGAAAAGCCGAUGGGAAAGAAUAGACGGUCAGGCUAUCGAUAUCAUUUAAAGAAGGUCCAUUCAGAUUUUAUCAACGGCAAAAUUAAUAGGCUAUCUAAGCCCAUAACAGAUCUUACGCGAAAGACUAAACCUUUCAUAUGGACAGAGGAAGUGCAAGCGGCAUUUGACGAUAUCAAGAAUGCCCUCUGCGAAGACUCUUUUCUAAAAUAUCAAAAUUUUAAUAAACCCUUUAUCCUGGCUGUCAGUGCGUCUGACUCGGAAAUAUCCAGAAUUCUCAGUCAAGCAACGACAGUGGAGGACGAUGACCCAGACGGUGACGGAGAAAAGAUAGUCUCGUGUGUCUCAAGAGUCUUUCACGAUACUGAAACUCGAUACAUAGAUGUAGAAAAACAAUGUCUCGCGGUUGUCUACGCAAUUCAACAAUUCAGACCGUAUCUCCAAAAACAUUUUACUCUCAUAACUAGUAGCCCUUGUGUUACCUGGUUAAGAGAUAGCGCAACUGUCACCGAAAGACAAGCUAAAUGGCGCUCUCAAUUAAAUAGAUACAAAUUCAACGUCGUAGUCCGACACAAAAUUACCGAGCAAUACGCGGAAAGGCUCUCGUAUAACCCAGAAGGUCGUUCUGAACCUUUAGGAAACCCGAUAAAUAAUAACACCGAAAACGAAUCCGAAGAAAAUGAAUCCGACAAAAAUACUCUAACUCCUCGAAACGUAAAUCGAUCUCGGUUCACAGGGUAUUUAGGAGACGGUCCAGAACCUCGAACUCCAAUUUUCGGAAGAGUUCUCAUACCUGAUGAACUAGCGGCUAUGGGUAUCCGUUAUGACCACGCAAGCCGCCAAAUCGUAGACGAAAACAGUAAGGGAAUAAACGAAAUGGCUGAAACCGAAUCGGCCGACCCCAAUAACACCCCUAUCGAAUCGGAACGGGGACGAUCAAGCGAAAAUUCGUCAAAUAUAAUUAGAUCAACGAGUCCACGAGAUAACAAUGAAAAUAAGUCGCAUGAUAGUUCAGGAAAAUCUAGUGAUUCAGAUAAAAACAAAGAUAGGCCAACUACAAGCGGGAAUGCAACAGUGGGGGAUGACGCCGGGAACCGCCGAUUCGGACCACCCUUUGUCGCCUACGACCCACCAACUUUCGAAGAGGCGGAGGAUAUCUUUGCCGAAAGACGUCAUCGGUCAAGGAUAUCUUCACCCUCAAGUUCAGACGAAAGAAUAUCCCCGAAAGGCCCCGAAAUAAAAAUUAAAUUUUCAAUUAGUCGAGAAGGGCUCACUUAUGCCCGGGAUCAUUUAGUACACUUUUUAGCAGCUGAUUGCAAAAUAAUUAAACCCGUAGUGAAGCUGCUCCGCGACUUAAAAUUUAUAAAUGCCGAUGAUCUUCAUGCCUCGAAACCUACAAAAGGAGACGUAUUUGUCACCAAGCUAGGUCGUUGCAAAAUUUUUACGGUAUUUAUCAAAACAAAUCAUUUCAAAAAAUUAGAUCCAAUCGACUUGAUCGAAAGAUUGAGAAACCUUCGGCAGUCGAUGCAUAAACACGACAUUCAUUCGCUUCGCUGUGCGAAGCAGGGGGAUGAAUUCGAUGAUUUAGACAUUCAAGCUUAUCUAUUACACGACACACCUAGAAAAAUUCAACCCACGAACCCGCACCAAGCACCCUGGUUCAGCUUCGUAGGCACAAUCGCACGUAAGUUGUUCGGCACAAUGGACUACAGUGACAAGGAACACAUCACCAAAGAAAUAGACAAGUUAUACCAAGAUAACAGGGAGUUAGUACACUUAUCACAGAACAACACUCACAUCAUCAGGAGUGAAAUAAACGAAAUUCUAAAACAUGAAAAUCAAGGAAGUGGUUCGAACAUCAGCUUACCUCAAGCAAGCAGUAAACAAACCACUGAGCGACCUUCAGAGAAGCCAAUUAUUCUCGAUGGCCAACCACCCAAGAACUCUCAACAACGCAGAAAAACCAUAGAAGAGGCAAAAUGGGGUAAACUCACCUAUUUAACAGUGUCAGCUAAACAACUACAUAAAGCAACUACAUCAGCAGUUGCUGAUAUGAUGAAAAAACAUCCAACGUUAAACCCACCUCAACCUCUGGAUCACAUGGACAUCAAUUCACUAGCCAGGGUAUCGACAGUGGAAAAAGGAAAAACAAAUGGACACUUCCUGAUAAUAAUCACCAUGCCGCUUUUUGACCAGAUGCCAUGGUUAGCGUACGAACUUAAAUCGCUACCAAAACCAGAGGAAAUUGGAGACCAAAUAUCAACAUUGACAAUUCAGCCAACAUCGAAAUAA